CCCAUGCCAUCACAAAGGUCAUAUCCCCACUCACCACCUUCCUCGUAUAUUAUUUAUUAUAUUAUUAUUAAAAACAAUGCCUACAAAUAAUGCAUUAUUAUUACUAUUAUUCUUUUUCAACUAUAAUAACAAACAUUAACAUUUCCAUCUUCUUAAUUUCCAAAUAUCACCAAAAAAAAAAAAAAAAAAAACUCUCAUCCUUAAAUUCAAUCACACUCUUCAAAAGAACCUCAGAUCCAACGUUUCCAAAUCCAUUUUCCAAAUUUGGAAUUCCAAAACAAAGAAUUUUCUAGUGUUUACUUUCCUUUUUCUGAUUUUCCUAAUUAAUUAAUUAAAAAAAAAUUAUUAACAGGUUAUAAAUUUCAAUCAUUGUUUGAUCCGCACACAUGGGAUUUUUCUCCGAUUCGAAAACACUCCUCCUCGGUAGAUCUCGUUCGUCGUUUUCGAAUCAAAAUUCUGUUUUUGGAUUCUGAAUUCAAAAACUAAAAACCAGAGACAGAGAGAGAAAGAGAGGUUGGGGUUUUGAUUUGUUGUUUGUUGUUGUUGAAGAUCGAGAAAGUAAAUAUGAGGGUGGCAAAGUCUCAGGUAUGGCAACCUUGCAAGAAGAAGAGGUUUUGAUUAGGAGAAUUUUAGAGAGAAGAAGAAGAAGAAGGGGUUUUGAGGAAAGAGAGAGAGAGAGAGUGAUCAAGGGAAAAAGGGGGAUAAGUUAGGGUUUUUCUGUUUUUUUAUUGAAGAUGACGACGAGGUCAAGCGGCAGUGGUAGUGGUAGCAGCAGCAGGACGCGAGUUGGGAGGUAUGAACUGGGUCGGACUUUGGGUGAGGGUAAUUUCGCUAAGGUUAAGUUCGCCAGAAACGUCGAGACUAAUGAGAACGUCGCCAUUAAAAUUCUCGAUAAGGAGAAAGUUCUCAAGCAUAAGAUGAUCGGUCAGAUCAAACGUGAAAUAUCGACGAUGAAACUAAUUAGGCACCCAAAUGUCAUUCGGAUGUAUGAGGUCAUGGCUAGCAAGACAAAAAUUUACAUUGUUAUGGAAUUCGUGACUGGAGGAGAACUGUUCGACAAAAUUGCAAGUAAAGGAAGACUGAAGGAAGAUGAAGCAAGAAAAUAUUUUCAGGAGCUUAUAUGCGCUGUGGAUUAUUGUCAUAGCCGAGGUGUUUUCCACAGGGACUUGAAGCCAGAGAAUUUGCUUUUGGAUGCUAGUGGCUCUCUUAAAGUUUCAGAUUUUGGAUUGAGUGCACUUCCUCAGCAAGUUCGUGAGGAUGGAUUACUUCACACUACCUGUGGAACCCCAAACUACGUUGCUCCUGAGGUUAUUAACAACAAAGGGUAUGAUGGAGCUAAGGCAGAUUUAUGGUCAUGCGGUGUGAUUCUUUUUGUCCUAAUGGCUGGAUACUUGCCUUUCGAAGAAUCUAACCUCAUGGCAUUAUAUAAAAAGAUACACAAGGCUGAAUUCACAUUUCCGCCAUGGUUUUCCUCAAGUGCAAAGAAGCUAAUCAAAAGAAUCUUGGAUCCUGACCCCUCAACGCGAAUUACGAUUGCUGAGAUAAUUCAAAAUGAGUGGUUUAAGAAAGGAUAUAAACCACCAAGAUUUGAACAAGCUGAUGUUAAUGUUGAUGAUGUGGAUGACAUCUUCAAUGAAUUUGGGGAAUCCGGAAACCUAGUUGUGGAGAGGCGGGAGGAAGGCUCUACAGCUCCCGUGACUAUGAAUGCUUUUGAGCUAAUUUCGACAUCUCAGGGCCUAAACCUUAGUUCACUAUUUGAAAAACAAAUGGGACUUGUUAAACGAGAGACUAGAUUCACAUCCAAAUGUUCUGCAAAAGAGAUAAUUACAAAAAUUGAACAAGCUGCCGGGCCUCUUGGUUUCGAUAUAAAAAAGAAUAAUUUCAAGUUGAAGCUUCAUGGUGAGAAGAGUGGACGCAAAGGUCCAUUAUCUGUUGCAACUGAGAUUUUUGAAGUGGCCCCUUCCCUUUACAUGGUUGAAGUCCGGAAAUCCGGAGGUGAUACUUUGGAAUUUCACAAGUUCUACAAGAACCUUUCGACCGGGCUGAAAGACAUUGUGUGGAAAUCAGCCGAUGAAUCGAAGGAUGAAGCAGAGAAUGGUGUUGCCGGUGUUACCGGUGUUGCUGGUGCCCGAGUUACACCGUCUAAAUGAUUGAGCUUGUGUUGUUUACUUCUCCUCACACACUCUCUCUCUCUCUCCAAAACAAACUUCUAGUGUGAAAUAUUUGCAGAAUGCAUUGGAAAUGGAAACUCAGAUUUCUUUAAGUGUUGUUUGCUUAAUUUAAUAAUAAAGUCUUCACCUCAGUGGAAGAGCAACUAUAAUAAUAAAAAUACAAAUAUGUUUAUACUGUUUUAUUUCUCCCUAAUAUGUUAUUUUGGGUUGGAUAUGCAGAAGAUUGUGUUUUUAAUAUAUUGGGUUAAAAUAUGGUGUACUCUUUAUCUAUUAUUUAAAUCAUAUAAUUAAAUCUAAAUAUAAUAUCAAUUGAUUCCUACAAAA